AUGGAGCCGGGCGAGGUGUCGCCAAAAUCCGAAGUCAGGUUGAGUCGCGAGGAGAAGCAAGUCCACAUCCUAAUUGUCGGCAAUGGCAUGGCAUCGCACUGGGCAUCUUUAUGGCUGUUUGAGGAUGGCAAUGUCUACUCAGUGGAACUAUCCGCCAUUGACUUGGACACCGGGAGCAGAUGGGGACGCUGCCGGUGCAAGAUGCGGCACCUAGCAGGCGGUGAUCCAGGUUCCCCUGCAGCUGCGACAUCCUUUCCUCCUUCUUCUCUUUCUCCUUUGAUUCCUUUGCAUCCUUCCCCCCUACUUCCACCCUCCUCAUGCCCGGAAGAAGCAUCAGAAGGCCAUGAGGAGCACGACGCGAAAGUCAGAAAAACAAUCAGAAAGGCGAUCGAGCACAUUUGGCGCGGUCCGGCACCAAGAGACAUCGAGGAGCCCAUCGCCAAGUUUGUUAGGAACAGUGGCAGUCGGCACUACAUCAUGACUCCCGAGCCAAUUGGCUUAGAAGAAGCCACAUCCCCAGAACUGCUCUGGAAUCGUGCGCUAGCGUGCCCGUUGCAUGGUGGAUUUUACGACCUCUUCUUCCACAACUGCCAACUUUUCUUGUUGCAGUUGAUUUGUGUCCAGUACCAGGUGCCUGUCGAUAAUUUGCCAGCAACAGUUGGUUCUGUUGCUGCCGCCCCAGUCCUGCUGCUGAUGGAGGCUGCUUUCAUAGCAAUCUUCAUCGCACUUCGGCAGGAGGGACAAUCGAUUGCGGCCGCUUGCUUUGCUACGGUCUGGCUUACAUUCGAGAGUCUUCUCACGUGGAGGUAUGAAAGCGCUGUCACCGUUGUCGAAGAUUGGUUUGGUCCGUUUUGGCUGACGAAGCUGGCCUGUUACGGCACAACUGCUGUCCUGCUCUUUGUCCUGACCCCGUGGUAUGUUUUCCCAUGGGUCAGUUUCCUUCUUUGGAUGUGCAUGGCAUAUUCUAUGUACAAUGAGGUUAAUGCCCCAGUCGAAUAUAAACAACGAUGUGUUUGGUUUCGCGGAAAUCCUGUUCUACCAGCAUGUAUCAUAACUUUCGUGUUUGCAUGUCUUCAACCGUCCGACCUGAUUCAAGUGUUUCCGAUUAUAACCUUGAUCUGGGACCUGGCAUUGGUAUGGGCAGCAUUACGUGCCAAUCUGGCGCAGAACCUGGGCAAUUGUCUUUGUAUACUGCUGGCAGUUCUUACUGUCUUUGAUCUACAAAGAGGGGUUGGAAUCCCGGCACAAGUUGCCCUGUUUUCUCUACUGCCUCUGUUGACGUGUGGUGUGGGUGCAGGUUUGAUAUGCUGGUAUCUUUAUGAGCUUGUUACUAGUUUCUGA